CUUAAUUUAGCAACUGUAAAUUUUUUGGAUGCCCUCAGCUGUUAGUGGGGUAAAUGUGUCAUUUACCGGCAGAUUUCAUUGCAAAUUCUGACGAAAUUUAUUUAAAAUUUAAGCAAUAAUAGAAUAAAAGGAUCAACCAACGAAAAAGAUACAAAACUCUGUCUACCUACUACUCAAAAUGGUGGUCAGGCCUUAUGUUGAGGAGCUGAAGUAUCUGGAGAAGAUCAAUGAUCACUGCUGGCGCAUCAAGAAGGGCUUCCAGCCCAACAUGAAUGUGGAAGGUGUGUUUUACGUGAACAGCCGCCUGGAGCAGCUCAUGCUGGAGGAGUUAAAGAACUCGUGCCGCCCAGGAGCCGUUGGUGGCUUCUUGCCGGGUGUUAAGCAGAUCGCAAAUGUGGCCGCAUUGCCGGGCAUUGUUGGCCGUUCCAUUGGACUGCCGGACAUCCAUUCGGGCUAUGGCUUUGCCAUCGGCAACAUGGCUGCAUUCGACAUGGAUGAUCCACUCUCAGUGGUCAGCCCCGGCGGCGUCGGAUUCGAUAUCAAUUGCGGUGUGCGUCUGCUGCGCACCAAUUUGUUCGAGAAGGAUGUGCAGCCGCUGAAGGAGCAGUUGGCGCAAUCGCUCUUCGACCACAUCCCAGUUGGCGUAGGCUCUAAAGGCAUUAUACCGAUGAACGCGCGUGACUUGGAGGAAGCCCUGGAAAUGGGAAUGGAUUGGUCAUUGCGCGAAGGCUAUGUCUGGGCGGAGGACAAGGAGCACUGCGAGGAGUACGGGCGCAUGCUGAACGCCGAUCCGGCCAAGGUAAGCAUGCGCGCCAAAAAGCGUGGCCUGCCCCAGCUGGGCACACUGGGCGCCGGAAAUCACUACGCCGAGAUCCAAGUGGUGGACGAGAUAUAUGACAAGUGGAGCGCCUCGAAAAUGGGCAUUGAGGAGAAGGGCCAAGUGGUCGUUAUGAUACACUCGGGCAGCCGCGGCUUCGGCCACCAGGUGGCCACAGAUGCCCUUGUCGAAAUGGAGAAGGCCAUGAAGCGCGACAAGAUCGAGACGAAUGACCGCCAACUGGCCUGCGCGCGCAUCAAUUCACCAGAGGGACAGGAUUACCUGAAGGCGAUGGCUGCGGCUGCCAAUUUCGCCUGGGUGAACCGCAGCUCGAUGACCUUCCUCACGCGCCAGGCCUUCGCCAAGAUGUUCAAGACGACGCCCGAUGACCUGGACAUGCACGUCAUCUACGAUGUCUCGCACAACAUCGCCAAGGUGGAGAACCACAUGGUGGACGGCAAGGAGCGCAAGCUGCUUGUGCAUCGCAAGGGCUCUACUCGCGCCUUCCCCCCUCAUCACCCACUAAUACCAGUGGACUACCAACUGACCGGACAACCUGUUCUCGUUGGCGGCACCAUGGGCACCUGCAGCUACGUCCUGACCGGCACCGAGCGCGGCAUGCAAGAAACUUUUGGCAGCACCUGCCACGGCGCGGGCCGCGCCUUGUCACGCGCCAAGUCGCGUCGCAAUCUGGACUACAAAGAUGUGCUGGACAAGCUGGAUCAACUGGGCAUCGCCAUACGCGUUGCCAGCCCCAAACUAGUCAUGGAGGAGGCUCCAGAGUCAUAUAAGGAUGUCACUGACGUCGUGGAUACCUGCCACGCCGCUGGCAUCAGCAAGAAGUGCAUCAAAAUGCGUCCCAUUGCAGUUAUCAAGGGCUGAAAACCCACAAUUACUUAGUGUAUUUAUUAUAUAGAAGAGACAUUUGAAGUCGAUGUAAAACACCUGGCCGAUUAUUGAUAUCUAUACCCUACAUUUUUAUGGAGAAUGACUGAUAAUGCGUGUAGAUUUAAAUUAAUCGGCACAUAUUUGUAUUUAAUAUUUAUAAUAUUAAUGUAUAUAAAUUAAAAAUAUGUUUCUUAAUUAAUCGAGCAUUGUUGUAAUGUUAACAGAGUGUCUAAAAUUACUUUAACACGGUUCUAAAAUGAUUUUUAAAUACUCUAAGGAUGAUUGCUAAAAUUAUGGUUAUUAUUUAUUAAAUUUGUUCAUAAACAAUUCUAUUCAUUAACAAUUACAUUCUAUGCAAUUGGAUUUUUAGUGAACAACAGUCCUAAUCUACAAAUAAAUGCUCUAAAUUGGCCUAUGUUGUGCUACGAUUAA